AUGUACCAAGUUCAUCAACAAUAUCAUCAAGGAUUAGGUACUGCUGGUCAUAGAGCAGCAGCUUCUUUUAGCUACUUGCCGCCACAACAAUACAAUAAUUCUUCUACUACUACUACUACUACAUCCAACUCUACUACUUCUGGAUACUUUCAUCAUAGACCAUCUCAGUCUAUGUAUCAACAACCAUAUGCUUAUCAACAACAACCCCAACAUAUGACUCGUUUCACUCCUGUGAUCAACCACCACCACCACCAUCAACAGCAACCUCCCCAAGCACAAAUUGAACCUGUUGAACAAGAGCCUGCUGUUAAUGGAGGUAUUAAUUCCGUUUUGGAGUAUGAUUUAAAUACCAUGUCUACAUUUUUAAGUUGGUGUUCAUUUGGAAUGUUGAAACAAUCAAGAAAUCCCACUAAAGAAUUUGAAAGUUUAAUUGUUUCAGUUUUAUUUGCUACCAGAUUACCAAAAUCUACAAUUGUUAUUGCUUUAGAAUAUAUGAAUCAACGAUUUUCGGCUGCAAAAUUAGGUUUAUUAAAUGAACAUGAAAUUUUUAAUCAUUUAAUUGUUUCAUUAGUUUUAGCUAAUAAAUUUAAUGAUGAUAAUACAUUUACUAAUAAAUCUUGGUGUGGAGCUACUGGAUUAGAUUUGAAAGUUUUGAAUAAAUUAGAAAAGGAUUGGUUAGAAGAUGUCAAAUGGUCUUUAAAUGUUGUUAAUUUUGAAUCUAAUAUUUUAACUUUGGAAGAAUGUUGGAAGACUUGGUUAGAUAAAUAUGGAAAUUCAUCUUCUUGUACUCCAAUUUCAACAAGAGCAACUACUACACCAAUUGUGUCAAAUAAUAUUCCAUCUAGUCCAAUUAAGUAUGCUGGUAAUUCAUCAUCUCCAGUACAAACUUAUAGAUCAUCAAUCCCAUCAUCCCCAAUUUAUUAUAGUCAUGAACAAUCAACAUCUUCAUAUUAUAAUUAUCCACAUUCGUCACCAAUAAUCACAUCCCCAAUCAAGUAUGAUCACCGUCAUGAUAAUAUCUGGUCAUCACAAGCGCCACAACCUCCACAACCAGUUUGGAAUAAUUAUAAUUCUCAAUUCAAUGAUCCUGCAGUUCAAUAUGUUGGUGCACCAAUUGCUCAUGUUCCAAUGAGUCAUAUUCAAAGUCAACAAUAUCCUCCUAGUAUGAUUGGAUUUCCGGGUGGAAAUGGAUUUGUAGGAUAUGCAAACCCUUAUUAUAUGGCAACAUGUUAA